AUGCCAGAUCCCAAUUCGCACGGGCGCCAGACUCGGUCACCUGCGGUCCGCCGAAAUGGAUCCCUGCAGUCUUGCGAGCCAUGUCGCAAAUCCAAAUUGCGAUGUGACCAUGGGAGACCGGUAUGCAGCAGAUGUUCAACAAAAAAUAUAGCAGCGAGAUGCUUUUACCAUCCUGCACCCAUGACAAAAAGGGUAGCCUCAGGACUUGUUAAACCUUCUCGACAAUCACGCAGUCAGCCAAAUUCAAAUAUCUCAAGCCCAGGGCCUGCCCUGGAGAGCAUUCAUCGACUUCGCACCACUCUCGAGUCGCCCUCUGCUUCUCCAGGCUACUUGGGUUCGACAAGCUUUUCGGCCGUUCUUGCUGAGCACCGUUUAGAGUUCUCUCUUAAUCUUGCAAGUAGCUCCAUGCCUGGCACAUUGGCACGACCAAUUGAUCCCGAGCGCCUCCAGACUGGAAUGCGAUUGCUCAAGUUGCUUCAUAGCCUCAAGGUCUGCGAUAGCUUAAUUCGGAGAUACUAUUCUCGAGUUCUUGUUGGUGUCAUCCCAGAAACAGUUAUGACAUCCAUUCUACGCUCUACCCGGAAUGUUCUCGAGAGCAUUGAUCACGGUGGAGAUGUCGAUAGUCAGUUUCAAGACCUGGUUUGUAAGAUAUCGCAGAAUACAUCCAGACCAUUAUCGACCCAUGGUUCGAUGACAGUGGAGCAAUAUUGUGCAACCUUUACGGAUGAAAACUUGCGCUGGGAGGCUAUAGGCAUUGUGUUUGCAACCUCCGGCAUAUCGCUCUCGUCCACACCGGAAAAUGACCCGGAUCUUAACCAAGUGGCGCCAGACAAUCCAGCCCGAGACAGACUUCGUGCUCAGCUGGUUGAGGCGAGCGGCACCUGCCUCGGAUUCUGUGAUCAGAUGUCUUCCGUUAAUGAGCUGUUAGGGUUCUACCAAUAUAACGAUGUGGCUUUUCUCACCCACUGCUACGGUGACUCGAGCUAUCAAGCUUGGCGUCGCCGCGGUGAAUUAUCUGCCACGAUAUAUGCAGCUGGACUUCAUCAGGAGGGUUCGCCGGCCGAUGACUGCCCCUUUUUUCUUCAGCAAUGGAGAAGAUGGUGCUUUGCUGCUGCAUUCUCAAUGGACAAGAAUCAAGCCACAUUCGUGGGGAGACCGCCAUCCAUUAAUUAUCGCUAUUGCACACUAACACCUCCACUGGAUCUUAGCGAGGACCUACUGAUCACCGGUGGGGACAACCUAGCCAGCGCAAUCUCAAAGCUAGAUAGCUCGGGAUGGGCAGCCAAGGACGAGAACGACCGAGUGAGUGUGCUCCGUCUCCGAUUUACGUUCGCCGUGUUUAGGGAACAAGCUCUUGAGAUAGCUCUGGGAACCAGUGAGCAUGUAGAAUUGGUGCAAAGAGCCAGCCAAAUUAUCGAGAAUGCGCGAGAGUCAUGGGGAGCAUGUCCUGCUCGUCUGCGAUAUGAUGUUCCCGGGCAAGGGGAUGAACUGGGGUGCUCUCCCAAGUCCUUCACCUUGCUUCACAUUUUCCUUGACUAUCUAUAUACUAUUUUCCUCCUUCAGAGGACUAUUGUCAAGCGUACGGACACCGGGCAGGAGGCUCUGUUGGAUACGUCAAGACAUAUCCUGUCCAUUAUCGUCAAAGGCCAUGCCAGCAGGGACACCGUCCUUGACUUGAGCACACAUCGUGCUUGGAUUCUUCUCUACUACGGCCUCCCCAGUGCCAGUGUGCUCAUCCUCGAGCUUCUUCACCAAAACCAAGGCCUGCGUUCAUACACUACUGUGCUACCUCGCGCGGAGAUUAUCCGGAACCUGAGUGUUUUUAUAUCAUGUCUGUCUUGGGUGGCGCGACCUGGCCACGGUAAUUAUCACACGUGCAAGGAGGUGGAGAGGAAGCUGUCCCAUAUUCUUGACCAGGUUCUCGAUCCUCAGCCCAUUGAAGACUUUGCCUUCAAUGAUGCCACCUCUGGCCUGUACAGCCUGCUAGACUGGGACAAUCUCAACAACUGGGAUUUCACUUCCGAGUAUCUACCUUCGCAAAAUGGACUUCCUCUGUGA